AAUAUGUAUGUCGAUCUCGUUCGUUUCCGAAGCCUAAGUGGCUGCGCAAAGCGGAGUUUGUAGUUUUUCUAUAUUUCUAUGAAUUAAAAAUCGGCUUUUAUUUAGAUUUUAUAAGAUUUAUUUUAUUAUGAAUAAUGGAAUGUACGCAUUUAUUAGAUAACGUCAAAGUGGAUAAGAAUUCCAUCUUUCAGGACGGCACUAUCACAAAGAACUUCAAAUGUUCAGAAUGUACAACACCGGAGCAAAAUUGGCUGUGUCUGCAGUGUGGGGUUGUCAAUUGUGGUCGCUACAUAAAAGGCCAUGCACAAUCCCAUGCAGAGACUGCCGAUCACCACUUAUGCAUGAGCUGCGAUGCAUAUUCAGUAUACUGCUAUAAAUGUGACGAUUAUGUAAGCAAUGAUAUGGACAAUGAAAUCAUAUCGGAAUUAAGGCAAAGUUUGAUGCAUUCCGGUAGACAUGAUAGAGAUGAUAAUGGUGAGCCAAGUAAAGAACAAAACGAAGACAGAGACGAAUUGAACAGUCGUUUAUUCGACAGUAUUAUAAAUGAUACAACAUUGUCAAUAGAUAGCAGAGAGAAUAGGAUAUCGGAUGUUACACCCUCUAGCAGUGGAAGUGAAAUAGUUAGUGAAAGUACUGGGGUUACUAGCACUCCACAUGAAAGCAUACGGGAUAUUUAUGAUAAACCAAUAAAGCCUACGAAGAAUACGGAAGAACCCGUACGAAGUUUAAGGUUACGAUCUCGUAAACGAUCUCAUUCGGAAGAUAGCAGUUCCAUAGAAACAAAUCAGCACAAAGCUAAAGAGAAAAAGUUGUCACCCUGUAAUGGAAAGACACAGCGAGAAAAGAAAAUACUCGGCUUAAAAAAUCUAGGGAACACAUGUUUUAUGAAUGCUGUGUUACAAAGUUUGAACAAUAUACAAGAGUUUAGCUGCUAUUUCAGUCAACUACCAUCUUUAGAGAUGAAAACUAACGGCAGGAAAGUGUACCAUUCCAGAAGUUAUACACGGCAAGAGAUGCAUGAUGUGAUCAUGGCUGAAGAAUUGAGGAAAGUGUUGAUAAACUUGAACACGGGUGGAUGUGGUUCAAAAGGUGCGAUAUCUCCGGAAUGCCUGUUCCUCGUCAUCUGGAAGGUGGUGCCCAGGUUCCGGGGCUACCAGCAGCAAGAUGCACACGAGUUCCUGAGAUAUAUGCUGGAUAGACUGCACACGGAGCUGCAGCAGCUGGUGCCGGAGCGUGCGGAGCGCUCUCCAGCUGCCUCCAUUGUCACCGCAGUCUUCGGAGGCACACUGCAGAGUGAAGUACGUUGCCUCGCCUGCGGUACUGAGAGCAAGAAGUUUGAUCCGUUCCUGGAUUUAUCUCUGGAGCUGCCUGACGCGGGCCGCCAUGAUGCCCCCGUCUCAUUGACUGAAUGCUUGGCGAGUUUUGUACAGGUGGAGGAGCUGGCGGACACUGAGAGGUACUACUGCAGCAGCUGCAAGUGCAAGCAGAAGUCCACCAAGCAGUUCUGGAUCCGCCGUCUGCCCAAUGUCCUCUGUCUACAUCUCAAGAGGUUCCGAUGGCAUAAUUAUUUCAGGACAAAAGUGGACACGAGCAUAUCGUUCCCGCUGCGCGCCCUCGACAUGUCGCGCUUCGUGCCCGGCGCUCCGCCCCGCGACCAUCUCUACGACCUCGCCGCAGUCAUCGUGCACCACGGCUCAGGUGCGGGAUCAGGACAUUACACAGCAUUCGCAAUCAAUGAGGAGCAAUGGUUUCAUUUCAACGAUCAGACUGUACGUGCGAGUGACGCCAGCGCGGUCUCUUCAUGCAAACCGUACAUAUUGUUCUACAUACGACGUGAACUUGCACUUCCACCUCUACCUUCCUGACGUCACACACAGGUAUAAACAUAGACCUUUUUUUAUCUCAUCUGUGUAUAUCUACCUAUUGAUUGUGAAUUUCAGCUAUUUAUAAUUCGUCUAAGAAAAGUUGGAUUGAAAAUUGACUUAAUCUUUUUUGAAAUUAACGUUUUUGGUUUACAUUCUAACUUCAUAUGAUUUAAAAGAAUGCAAGCAUCAAAAUUGUUAUGUCAUUUAUAUAAACCCAGUGAGAUUAUAAACUGACGAAAUUGACAAUCACUAGGUAAAUGCUUCAAGGAAGAUGUCGUACUCAUGUUGAAAGUUUUAUUUUUAACUAUGAGUGUAAAACUGUGUAUUUCUGUAGACAUAUAUCAAAUUUUGACUUCAACCCAUCAUUGAUUACUUACAAAGAAUUUUCUGCAUGUAUUUGUAUUUAAAGUCAUUUCUUAAGUAAAUACC